CCAUUUUUUGGUGUUUGUUUCCAAAGUCAUGGAUAAGCCUGGAUUUGGUGAAUCGACAGCAGUGGUAAUAACAGGGAAGAUCAUGGCCAUAGCCAUAAUAGUUCUUUUCUUAGUAGUGGUCUUUGUGCUUUGUCUUCAUCUUUACGCAAAAUGGUUUUGGUGGCGCCGUGAAGAGCCAACAUCCCACCCUUCCCGCCGCAGCCGGCGGCGUUUCGUAUUCGCUCCGGGGCAAGACGCAGCUCAUCCUCAACGCAGUGCCACCAAAGGCCUCGAUUCAACGAUCCUCGCUUCACUCCCUGCUUUAAUUUUCAGUCAAAAAGAUUUCAAAGAAGGCCUGGAAUGUGCGGUUUGCUUGUGUGAGCUUGUGGAUGGAGACAAAGCUAGGCUGCUUCCUAAAUGUAACCACGGCUUCCACGUUGAUUGUAUUGACAUGUGGUUUCAAUCGCACUCGACCUGUCCUCUUUGUAGAAACCCCAUUGUUGGUGUUGAAGUCGAGAGUCCAAAACAUCUUAUUGCAGGCGAUGAAGUGAAUGUUCAAGCUCAAGUUCAGUCACCGCACGAUGGGUAUUCGACGGAUUCGGUUACUUUCCCGACGAAUGUGUUGUUUUGGGGUAAUCAUACACAGGUGAGUAGCGGUGCUGCUGCUGCUGAGGGUGGCUCUGCAUCUGCUUCUAUUGGUUCUUCUGCCAUGGCAGCCUCUUCUAGUGGUAGACAAGAAGGGAUUUUAGUGAUUGAUGUUGCAUCGAAUGGAAAUGAGAAUUUCACAGAGGAGGAAUCAAAGAAUCCAAUGCCUAAGAGAUUAAGGUCUUUGAAGAGACUUUUGAGUAGGGAAAAAAGGGUAGUUCCUAAUAGUUCAGGAAGCAGUUCAGUUGAUGCUUGAAGUUUCCAUGUAUUUAUCAUAUAGGAGAUCAUCCCUGAGAAUUGUGGAAUUCUAUAAGAGAUGCUGGCAAUCUUCUCUUGAAAAAGCCAUUAGAAAUGUUGUUGAAAGAAUGUACCU